AUGUUCUCUCUCCUCACUUUCACUCUCCUCAUGUUCUCUUCCUUACUUACUCUGAGCUCAGCCAAAUACGUUGAUCUAGUCUCUCCCUCUGAGCAAGACCUCGCCGCUCAACUUGAUCAAUACGCCUUAACUCACCAUCAAGAAGUAUACCACUUCAUCGCUAAGACCUACGACGAUAGGAUCGUCAUUCAAAUUCGAUUCGAGAACGAUACAGUAGGUUUUGAAGGAUAUUUCACCGAGACGCCUCAACUUCUCGAGGAUUUAGAACUCGUCCAGAAAAACAUAUAUGAUGCAACGGUCCAAGCAGGUUUAGAUGAUUUUUCGGAGCAAGCUGUAUCGAUCGAUACUCUCAAAGCAUAUAGGUACGGUACACCUCCGGAAGGACAUCAAGAAAGCAAGCGAGUACUUUGUAGACCCUGUAGAGAGUGUUUGAGAAAUGUACAUGGCUUGUUGCAGAAGAAGGCAUCAAGGUGUGGUCAGUUUUGCAGUGUUGGUGCGAAUUGCAUCACUCAGGGUUGCAUGAGAUGUUAUUAUACGGGCGGUGAAUGUAGAUGGCAAAAGUCUUGUCAGAUCUAA